CCACGAGGAAUGUGAACGACAGGCUUCCUGAGGACAAAGCCAAUAACCGACUCCCCGGAUUCGACAUUGAGUGGUAACCUCGCCCUCCACGACAUCGCCAUGGGUCUCACGUGGGUGCGCGAGAACAUCGGCGCCUUCGGCGGUGAUCCCACCAGAGUCACUCUGAUGGGCCAUGAUACCGGCGCCGCCCUGGUGAAUUACUUGCUCCUAGCGCCCUUCAGCAAAGGUCUUUUUCACAAUGUCGUCCUGCUGAGUGGCUCGGCAUUAAGCCCAUGGGCAGCGGUUCACGAUCCGAACGACUUGCGCGUUCAGGUCGCUAAAGAACUCGAUUGCCGCUACGAAGACGACGAGGACAUUGCGGAAUGCUUGAGGGGAGUCUCCCUCGAAGCUAUACUUGGAAUUGAUCCCAAUGAAAUCAAGUUCAUGCCGUCGAUCGGACCGAGUUUACCGGUGGACGGAAGCAAUCCCGAUCCUGCCCUGGAUAUGGAACGGCUCAGCGACGCAUUCAUCAAGGUCCCCUUAAUCCUCGGCGUAUCGACCGCGGAGUCCUACCUCGACUUCAACGCCAACGACAUCCAGUACGGCUUCGAGGAGGACCAGCGCAACCGCGUGCUCCGGACCUUCAUCCGCAACGCCUACGUUUAUCAUCUCAACGAGAUAUUCAGUGCGGUAAGGAACGAGUACACGGACUGGGACAAGCCCGUGCUGCAUCCCAUCAAUAUCCGAGAAUCGACGAUGGAGGCCCUGAGCGAUGGGCACACGGUCGCACCCCUCAUGCGAAUAGCGUUUUACCACGCCAGACGGGGCGCUAGCACUUACUUCUUUCAUUUCAAUUACCAGACCAAGGACAGCGAUUAUCCGCAGAGACUCGGAAGUGUUCGUGGCGAGGCAAUGCCAUACAUAUUCGGCCUUCCCCUGAUCUCGGGCGGUCGAUUUUUUCCACAAAAUUACUCCCGAUCGGAUCAGGGCGUUGCCGAGGCAGUGCUCACAUUCUUCACCAACUUCGCCAAGACGGGAAAUCCGAACGAGCCUCACAACAUCGAAUCUGUGGAUUACGGCACCGUGAAGGAGAAGACCCGAUAUCGCGGCCUCAAUUGGGAGAAAUACGAGACCGGGACUCAACAAUACCUCAUGAUAGCUCUUAAGCCCAAAAUGAAAAAUCACUACCGAGGACACAAAAUGGCAGUUUGGCUGAAUCUCAUUCCUCAACUUCAUCAACCUGGAGAUGAUGUUUCCAUGAGACAUCAUCAAUUUCGAGAAAAAGGCGAUACUUAUUACGCGGGUAAGUAA